AUGCGGGGCCAGGCCGCUACGCGUGACGGCGGCGUGCGUUUGCAUGCCGCUGGACGUCGCCUGAAACCCCGACCAGCUCCACGCGGCGGCAGCCGACUCCCAUACGUGCGAGCGGAGAGAGCUCGUGUAGCAACCGUGACGUUCCGGACUGUGAGCAUUACAGCGGACAACAAAGGCGUGCGCAGUGACGCCUGCCCCCGACUUGACCUCCUGCCGGGAUCACGAGCGGUACAGCCACCCCCGCCGCCCCCCGACCUGGGGAAACUGUGCCAGGCGGGCGGCGCGUUUUGCCGGCCGCGCCGUGUCGCAAGGCGCAGUUCUUGCCGCCGUGACUCAGCGGUCGCCUCGCCUCGCCUCGCCUCGCCACGCCACAGCCACAGCCCGCGGCCGCUCCUCCUGGCCGCCACACCACUUUGCGCUUUACAGCAGUCUCUACUGGUAGCAGAAGUGAGGAGAGUCGCCACGAGCAGACGGGCCAGCAGUGCAGCAGUAGCAGCAGCAGCAGCAGCAGCGGGCGCCGGCCCAGUACGAGCCGCGAUGCGCCGGCUGGGCGCACAUCCUGCAGCGCAUCCUGGUGUCCGGUGGCGGUCCCGGCCGGUACCGUACUCCGGGUCCCGUUAG